AUAAUCAACUUAGAUCCAAAAAAAAAAUGUUAUAAAUAAGCAGGGAUAUCACAUUUUUGUUAUAGUAUUAGCUUAUGUUCAUUUUAAAACAUUAAAAUGUAAGCGAUGCUUAAAAGUUGUAAUUCACGUGUUAUUAUGAAGAGCAAAACUAUCAUCCCCAAAAGACCAACUUUAUUUCACACACUUUGAUCGAAUUAAAUAACAUCAAAAACAAUUACAAAAAUGAGCGCCCUGAGACAACUUUUUAAAAUCAGAGCCCUCGAAGUAGGACGCAAACUUUUUGCAAUUACGGGAAAAACACAAACCGAGAGUAUAAAACCUCCACAAUUGCAAUUUCAACUGCAAUAUUUGUCAACCAAAACACAAACAGCUGUUGUUGGGGCCAGCAACAACAACAACUACACGUGCAUUUGCCGCAACAUACACUACAGCAAACCGGUGAAAGAUGCAGAUGAGACGGUGGCCUCCAAUACCGUUCCCUUGGCACAGCUGGAGAAGAAGAUGCAAUUGAUCUACACCUGCAAGGUCUGCCAGACGCGGAACAUGAAGACUAUUUCGAAGAUCGCCUACCAGCGAGGCGUUGUUAUUGUGACAUGCGAGGGCUGCUCCAAUCACCACCUAAUCGCCGACAACUUGAACUGGUUUACAGAUUUGGAGGGCAAGCGCAACAUCGAGGAAAUCCUGGCGGAGAAGGGCGAAAAGGUGAUCCGCCUGACUGAUGACAACUCCGAGUUUUUGCCCAAAACUGAUUAAAAGCAUAGUUUUAACUAAAAA